UGAGUGACUUAAUGAUAAAAAACAACGUGUGGCAGCUACAAUAUUUGGUAAUUGUUUGGAGCACUUCCAAAACCUCGAGUGACCAUUUACGAUGCACUCUACACUUACUACCAUAAACAAACUGUAUUCCUGUCACUAAGAAUCUUUUACGAGAGCAGAACUGCUGCACUCCGCUUCUGUUCGAGACGAUGUCUUAUAAGGUUGACUCUGUUAAGUAUUGAUUGACGCGUGUCGUAGACCUUAUAGCCGAAGAACCUUUGUACAAAUUAUGUCAUAUGAAUGGUGCAGUAAAUGUUGGCAAACCUCUAGAUACAGGAGAAAAGCAUACAUAUUCAAACCUUGUUGUCGACCCUGGUCGAAGAGCCAGAAAAACUGAAACAUUGAAUCAGCCUUGUGACUCUUCAACAUUCUUCACAGGUAGCAAGCAAUGAAUACAUCGCCACAAGCUCUCACAAAGCCACGCGAUGUUGAAGUCAAUAUCUUAUCGCGAUAACGCAUCCAUUUGUGAUACGCUAUGAAUACACCAUAAGCGAUAUACUAGGUUCGCGCCAUACCGAAUCGAAGGUACAAGGCAUUGAUUGUACUGACUUCGUCGAUGCAAUCGUUUUUGAAUAUCUAAAAGCUAGAUAGAUGAACGUCGUUUGCAGGAGAAAAAACAUCAUAUAGCUUUACUAUGUUGUUGUUUGAUGCGGUUUAGGGUCGUUCAGGCCGAAUAAGUCAAUAAGAAUGUCUAGCGGGAUUUCUUCAAGUGUUGGUUGGUCGCUGGGGAGCGAUUAGUCGAUCAAUAUAGACGCGUUUGAAGUACUUUUGAGCGAUUCCUGUGCUGCUGCGCAAGGUCAGAUGUACCAAGUUAUAACGUCGGACGUCGUUUUGCUCGUCAAUAACAAUGCGGUAAACUCGAACAAUUAGCUCUUGGAUUUGAAUUGUAACUUUUGUCAUACGAUAAAUGUUACCAGUUGGCCACCCAAUGAUGCUGACCAGCAGCGUCCACUAAGAUUGGAGGACGAGCAGAAAGGGGUUUUCAGCUUCAUAGCUAGUUAAGGCGAUUUGAUCGGCUGCAGAAAGUGGUGCGUACAGGUCCCGACUGAUGAAAUAAUAUUGCUGUCCAAUUUGACACGGUUUUAAGGGUAGUUUACUCAUGUAUUGCCCAUGCCUAUUCGAUUACACACGCUUUCGGAACAUUUGUUAAAGAAUUCCGAGCUUGGCGUGCUUCAGCACAAUUUUGCGAGCAGCUGGAUCUUGGAUUAUUAUUGGGCUAAGCGUCGAGGCCGACGUAUAAACCAGACGCGUCAGCGCCAGAAAGAAAUGUACCCAACAGUAAAUGUGGUUUCAAGCGUCGCCGUAAUAUGCGGGAUGCAUACACAACUUUUCGGGUAGUUCAAUUGUGUAAUGGCUCACCGUAAUUAUUGUAACAAGAAGACUACAUUAUGUCCUAGCAAAUC